CCAACAGAAUCGAUCAUAGCCUAAUCUUGCUGUUGCAGUAUAUAAUGAGCUAUAUUCUUUCAAAAACUUUAUUUGCCAUAAUCUGCCCCUCUGGUAAGCACCUUUGUCUGUAUGAGAAAGUAUUUCAAAUUGAAAGCCCAAUCCAAGGCUUUGCUACUUAAUAGCUGUAACAAGUGCAGGAUGAUAGGUUUAAAAACUGGAAGAGACUUUAGGAUAUCAUCUAGACCCAUUCCCCCCAAAGGUAUGGCACUGGAAUUUUUGCCAAUAAUAAAACUCCAAAUGGGGUCAUAAAAAGUCUUAUUUGACUGAAAUGAUGUAACAGUAGAGUCCCACCUCCUAGUUGUAUAAAGGAAGGAACCAAAAACUAGGAAGAGAAGGGAAGUUUUUUGUCCAAAGUCACUCAGUCUCUAGCCCAGUCAAGAUUAUAUGGUCCUGUGGCCUUUCUGCCAUAUCACAUUGCUCUGGGAUCUGUUUUCCCCUCAAAAAAGGGCGUUGGACCAGAUGAUUUGGUAGGUUUCUUCCAGCUCAAAAUCCUGUAAUGUCACCCACUAUGUGCUAAGCACUUGGGGAACCAGGUAUGAAAAAGAUAGCCCCGUCUUCAAGGUCUUUAUUAUUAUAAAGAGGGAAGAGGAAAAAGUAUUUGAGGCCUGGAGAAAGAAGCUGUCCCCUCCCCCCACAAAGUAUCCAAGCCUAUUGGGAAAUGAUAUGGCUAGCUUGGUGGCCUUCCUUAGACGCAGAUUUCCCACUCUCCAUUCAGAGGGAUAGUUGAAGGAAUUAUUAUUUAAUGGGAAGCAGUAGGCCCGCUUCUGCUCUUAGGAAGGAACACCUGGCAACCCUGGGGACUUAAGCUCAUAAAAGGACAAAAUUUCCUAGAACAUUCCCAGAUCUCAUCUUCUCACUGUGAAUAAGACCAAUACUGCUAGAGUCUAGAAGACCUGAAUUCAAAUAUAAUCCCAGAUACUGGAUGUGUAAUCCCAAGCAAGCAACUAUGCAAUAAGAACACCUACAUCCCAGGAUGGUUGUGGGGGUCAGAGAGAUGUAAAGGAUUUAGUGCAGUGCCUGGCCCACAGCGGGUGCUUCAACCGUCCUUUCCUAGCCUGUUGUAUUGGAUAGAAAACUAGACUUAGAAUCAGUAAGAGGGGUUCAAAUUCUGACCCUUCCAAGGGACGAGGUCCCAUUCAGCUACCUAGUAAGGGUCCUAACCAAAAUGCCACUUCUACAAAGCCUGCAGAGCUGGGGUAGAAAUAAGUGGGAAAGACAGCGCCUCUUGAAAUUCUGGAGACCAAAGACUAAAACGGUUUAAUAGGCUUUGGCCCCGGCCUUUCCAUUCUUUGAGUCUGCAUGUAAAAAGUCAACAAGGGUAUCAGAAAGGGAAGAGACUGAACUGCAGAGGACAAACAGCCCGAGAUAUACAAACCUAAUUAUUUGCUGAUGGAGAAACAGACCCAACGGGAGCAAGGGACUUGCCCACCGUCACACCGCCAGGAAGCAGCGGCAGCAGCAGGAGGCCUUGACUUUGAGGUCUUCCCGGGCUCCUGGCACUCCCCCUCGUUGCUACCUGCAGCAACGCCACUUAGCAGCCUAACUGCCCCCAGGAGGGAAGGGAGGACCGGGAGGAGCGCACCUGAGGGCGGCCCAUUCCAAGCAGCAGGUGAGACUAUCUAAGCAUCCCUUUCCAUCGGGAAGCGGCGUCGGGCCCGGGAAGCGUCUGCAACGCCCCCUCGGCCCCGGGCCCGACCCCUGGGAUUGGCCCACCCCACCCCGGGAGGCGUAAAGGAAGGGGCGGGGCCGGGGCUGCCUCCGGAGGGCGGCAGCCACUAGCUUCUGGCUUCCCGUGUGGCUGGACGCCCCUUGCCGCGCUGCUCCCGGGACCUGCAGCGUGAGCCUGCGGCCCGGCCUGGGUGGGGCGAAGCCGCGGGGCAGAGCCUGGCUACAAGAAGCGGUCUGGGCCGGGGGGCCGCUGUGGGACAGAGCCCCGAGGCCCGGGGCCGUCGUGGGGGCUGCCCGGGCGCCCACGUGCCGAGGGCCUGAGCCGGCGAGACCCUUCUCCUUAGCUCGCGAUCCUCCGGGAAGCAUGAACGCCAGCGGCCCCGGCUACCCCCUCGCGUCUCUCUACGUGGGCGACCUGCACACCGACGUGACCGAGGCCAUGCUGUACGAGAAGUUCUCCGCCGCCGGCCCCAUCAUGUCCAUCCGCGUCUGCCGCGACGUGGCCACGCGCCGCUCCCUGGGCUAUGCCUACAUCAACUUCCAGCAGCCUGCAGACGCUGAACGAGCAUUGGACACCAUGAACUUUGAGGUCAUCAAAGGCAGGCCCAUCCGUAUCAUGUGGUCUCAGCGGGAUCCAGGGCUCCGGAAAUCAGGAAUUGGCAACAUUUUUAUCAAGAAUUUGGAUGACUCCAUUGACAACAAGGCCUUGUAUGACACCUUCUCUACCUUUGGGAACAUCCUCUCUUGUAAGGUGGUAUGUGAUGAAAACGGCUCCAGGGGAUUUGGCUUUGUCCACUUUGAGACACAAGAGGCUGCAAACCAAGCAAUCAGCACUAUGAAUGGGAUGCUACUUAAUGACCGCAAAGUUUUUGUGGGCCACUUCAAGUCUCGGCAGGAACGGGAGGCAGAGCUGGGGGCACGAGCGCUAGAAUUCACCAACAUCUAUGUCAAGAACUUUGAGGAAGACGUGGAUGAUCAGUGCCUGGAGGAACUAUUCUCCGAGUUUGGAAAGACUCUGAGUGUGAAGGUGAUGGUAGAUGAAAAUGGCCAUUCCCGAGGUUUCGGUUUUGUUAACUUUGAGAAGCAUGAGGAAGCUCAGAAGGCUGUGAACAGCAUGAAUGGGAAGGCGCUCGGGGGUCGAGUCCUGUACGUUGGACGGGCCCAGAAAAGGACAGAGAGGCAGGGGGAGCUGAAGCGUAGAUUCGAGCAGAUGAAGCAGGAGAGAGUGAACCGCUACCAGGGUGUGAACCUUUAUGUGAAGAAUUUGGAUGAUGUCAUUGAUGAUGAGAAGCUACGGAAGGAGUUUUCUCCAUAUGGAGUGAUCACCAGUGCUAAAGUGAUGACAGAGGGUGGCCACAGCAAGGGGUUUGGCUUUGUGUGUUUUUCCUCCCCAGAAGAGGCUACAAAGGCCGUGACAGAGAUGAACGGCCGGAUUGUUAGUACCAAGCCCCUCUAUGUGGCCCUGGCCCAACGCAAGGAGGAGCGGAAGGCCAUUCUCACUAACCAGUACAUGCAACGCAUCUCUGUCCUAAGGAACAUAAAUGGCCCCGUCUUUCCCCAACCCACCAAUUAUUUCCUGCCUGCUAUCCCCCAGGUCACUGCGAUCUUCCAGUCACCUACCCGAGCAUCCUUCUACAGUCCCAGCACCAUGGCCCCCAUUCGGCCUGCCCCAAGGUGGACCAGCUAUUCUCCUAGGUCUUUGUCCACCCCCCGGCGCUCCACCUCCAACAUCAGUACUGUCCGGCAGGCCUCUACUCAGGUGCCCCGGGCAGGGCCACACAUGCAGAGAGUGGUCAAUAUUGGGACUCAGACCAUGGGAACUGGGUGUCCAGGCUCCCCAGGUCAAGCCAUCCCACAAUACAAGUACUCCUCAGCUAUGCCUAAUGCACAUCAGGUAAUGGAGAGAGCUGUGCAUAUCCAAGGGCAGGAGCCUUUAACUGCUUCUAUGUUGGCCUCAGCCCCACCCCAGGAACAGAAGCAAAUGCUUGUCUUCUUACACCUUGCUCCCCGCCUGGUAAUCUUGAAUCCUGUGAUGCUGGCCUCCAUGCUGUUCCACCAACGAAACACUCCAACUGUUGGCCCUGGGCGUUUUCUCUGGCUGUCCCCCAUGCCUGGAAUGUUCUCCUUCCUCGUCUCCACCUCCUGGCUUCCCUUCCGCUACAACUAAGAUUUCACCUUCUAUAAGAAGUCUCUCCCAGGCUUCCUUCAUUCUAGUGCCUUCCCUCUGUUAUCUCCUGCUUAUCCUAUAUAUCCUUUGUACAUAUUUGCUUGUUAUCCCCAUUCCCCUAGCAGAUUGUGAGCUCCCUGAGGGCAGGGAUUGUCUGGCUUUUUCUUGUAU